AUGCUUAUAAACGGCAUUAAAUUUGCAUGUAAUACAUGUGUCAAGGGUCAUCGAUCUUCCAGCUGUAACCAUAUUGAACGUCCUUUAUUCGAGAUACGUAAAAAAGGAAGACCUGUGACUCAAUGUGCCUUUUGUAGAGAUUUGAGAAAGACCAGACAAAUCCAUAUUAAAUGCACCUGUACAGAUAAAACAAAAAGUAAAUACUCACAAACAAAAACAAAUUAG